AGUGCAAAAUUGGCAAAAAUUUUGCUGGAGUUGAGUGGGAAUGAGGCGAAAGAUUCUGGAAAAACGUUUCCCGUCCCUGGAAUUUAUCCCAAAAAUAGGAAAGCACUUUAUACAGCAAAGUGAUACUAUUUCCCGAGAAUUGCCGUGGGGUAAAUCCUUCUCCAUCUUCUUCUCUCAAAAAGAGGAUACAGGAGGUAGGAGAACCAGUUACUCCUAACUAAAUAGUACGAUGUGCUGGGGGGAAGUAAGCCCCCACCCUCGCAACAGGAAACUUGAAUGCACGAAGAAAGUAAGAGCUGGGGACUUAGCCGCUAUAGCAGCAGCUUGUGGCUUCCUAUAGAUUCUGUUGCUAUGGAAACUGUCACGUGAGUGAACAUUUUGCAGCUCCACCCCCAUCCGUUCGAAUCGCGUCCCUCCUCCUCUUCACUGCACCCCACCCUCGAACUCGACGAAAGGCAUUGUGGGUGAAUCGCGAAAGAGAUGCCUCUGUUCGAAUGAGUUGGAUGAGUCCGUGGAUGUACGGUGAGCGGUGCGGAGCAUCAUUUGUUCAACAACCCCCAUCAACCGCUACUAUUCGAACAUGGAACACCCAAGGAUCAAACCUCGCCAAAGUCCGCACAAGUCCGAUCCGCAUCAUUCUCUUCUCAACUGUUGAUUUGAGAGAGAGUUGGAAAGUUUGGUGGAACUCUCGCCAAACGCAAUUCUUCCGAACCAUCUGUUGAUGAAAAGUUGGCAUUUUUUUUCCCUCGGAAAAGUUUAAACUUUUCCAGAAGCUAAUCGCACUGACACAAUCAAAGGACAAUUCUUUUUUCCUCCGAUUUGAAACAUUAAGGAUUUAGUUACUCGCGGUUGCAUUUUAUAUGGACUGUUUCAAAUUGUUUUAAAUACGGGUGUUAAGUGAAUUUUGAUUCAUCAUACCGGGGCUAUUUCAAAGUGGAAUUAGACGUUGGUUGUAGCUACAUUGUGAUAUAGCGACUUACGGAAGGCUGUUAUUUAGAGUUUAGACCUGUUGCUAACUGCAAAAGCAUAUUUAGAUAAUAGUGUUAUAGUAUCAUAGCUUCUAAAACAUAUUUACGCCUUAUCAUUGUAUAUUAUAUAUAGUUAAAAAUAUGAGCUGUAGUAUGUACACAAUGCUCUCUUACUACUAAGGAAUUGAAAGUGAUAAUUGUUAAAUCAAAGAGCAUUUACUUAGCUGCUUGUAGAUAACUCACACUAUUUAUCCCUUGCACAAUAAACAAUCUUCUUCAAUAAAAUAAAUAUAUAUAUAUCUUGUACUUAUAAACUGAUAUUUAAUAAAAAGGUGAUUUGAUUACUUUUGAAAGCGGAUGAAAUUUCGAGAUUAAAUAUAGUCUGAAGUCAGAAUUAAAUAUCGAGCAGAGAAAGAUUCUGGAAUUCGAUUGCCUUUCCUGCCUAGUGAAGGAAUUCGCAAAAGAAAACAAAAUCCAGGAGCAGAACUACCCCUGGUAGCGUUCAAAGCAAGACUGCCAACACUUGUUGAAAGCUGCCGCUAGUUGGCGGAACAACAGGUAUAGCGGCACACGCAUUUCCGACAGCCUGGUGUAGAUUCAUCUUUGCGGCCGACAAAGGAAGAUCAGCAUCGGCGGACAGAGGAUCAACUCUGUAGACUCAGAUCUGCAGAGGGAGGACAAGAGAUGAACCGUCCAAUCCAAGUGAAGCCUGCCGAUAGUGAAAACAGAGGAGGUGCACAAAUACACUAUACAAUGCAAAAGGAAAAAUAUAAUGACUUAGGUUGUGCGUUUGUAAAAUUUGGAUCUCAUUCUGAAGCACAAGCAGCGAUAGGAGCAUUACACGGGAGCCAAACAAUGCCAGUAAGUAAAGGAGCAUCAUCUAGCCUUGUUGUGAAAUUCGCCGACACAGAGAAAGAAAGACAAAUGAGGAGAAUGCAGCAAAUGACGGGGAAUAUGGGUGGCCUACUUAAUCCAUUCAUUUUCAACCAGUUUGGUGCUUAUGGUGCAUACGCACAGGUAGAUCUUAAUUUCAUGCAACAGCAAGCAGCCCUCAUGGCCGCAGCGGCACAAGGGGGUUACGUGAAUCCGAUGGCAGCAUUGGCCAUUGCGCAGUUGCCUCAAAUGACGACGGUCCCUAACGGACUAGCAAACCCUGCCAUAACCCCAACCUCAGGUGCGGGGACACAGACUGUCAAUGGAACAAUCCCCAACCUGCCUUCCCCUACCAUGCCCACCUUUAGCCAUGUGCCUCAAGCAAACGGUCAGGCCGGAGAGGUCUACACUAAUGGACUACCCCAUUACCCACCUCAAGCCAUACCAAACGGGGACGCAUUGCAGCCCACCGCCUAUCCAAGCCUGCAGCCCUACCCGGGAAUACGUAAGUUUAUAUUAACACCUGCGUAUACAACUCCUUUUGGUCAGUUUGGCCAAGCCCUAACUCCACAACCUGCCGUAGUUACUCAAACUCAGCGAGAAGGUACGUACAUUCCUGGUCCGGAGGGUUGCAACCUCUUCAUUUACCACUUGCCGCAAGAGUUUGGCGACGGAGAGCUCAUGCAGAUGUUUUUGCCCUUUGGCAAUGUCAUCAGUGCCAAGGUUUUCAUCGACAGAGCUACUAAUCAGAGCAAGUGCUUCGGUUUUGUGAGCUUCGACAACCCCGCUAGUGCCCAGGCUGCCAUCCAGGCUAUGAACGGCUUCCAAAUAGGCAUGAAACGCCUGAAGGUUCAACUGAAGCGUCCAAAGGACGCUAAUAGACCCUACUAGAGUCGAGCGCCCGCCUCUACCGAUCCUCUACCUGAAACAGGUAAUGCUAGGUAUUUUCAAGAGGCCAUCAUUUUGGAAUACAAAAGAAAUACCCAGCAUUCUGGAUUGCUACAAAAACUGAAUGCCACUUUAUUAGAUGAUGAUUCGAGUCUUAAAGAAAUACUAGAAAUUUCUAGAAAAGUUAUGAAAUGAUUAAAAAAAAUAUGUUUUCUUCAAUAAUUUGAAUUUCAUUACAAGUUGUUUUCUUUCUAUUUUGUCUUCAAAGAGAAAGCUGAAAGAAAACAUUAAAAAAAAAUUUAAAAAAACUGAUGAAAAUAAAAAAAAUUUAAGAUUAAUUCGUAGCUAUUAAGUUAGUUUUUGCUUACUAAUCAACACAAUGUAAUAGCUAUUUCAUAGAUGAAUAUAAACAUAUAUAUACUUAUAUCCUUUAAGGCAAAUUUUGCCUUUUUUUCAAGGAGAUAUUUAAAAUAUGAUUGAAGUGAAAGUUAAGAAAAAAAAGAAGAUAUUACUUUAUGUUUCCAUGCCAUAGUGAGACCACACGUAGAUGGAAAACACAGCACUGUAGAGGUAGUGAUAAAAAAAAUUAUUAAGUACUCAAAAAUUGUAAAGAGAACAAAAACAAAGAAACUGUACAAACUGUACAAUGAUCUUUGCAAAAUACAUUUAGAGAUAACUCAGUAUCGGAUGACUAGAGGUUGCAGAACUUCACAAGUUACAAAAAAAAAUGAGAACGUAGAUUUAGAUGAUAUUAUCUGAUAUAAUUAUGAUGAUAUAACUAACUUAUUGAAAAUUUGCCACGCAGGACUCCAAGAGAAAUUUGUGGGCAAAUAAUUUUUUAUUGCAUAUAUACAUAUAUAAAUAUAUAUAUUAUUACAUUUUACUUUCUCGUUUUCGUUUCUUCAAAAACAGGAGAUGAUAGAAAAAAAAGUGGAAAGAUGAUGAUGAUUAAGAUAUAUUAAAAACAAAUAUUACCGUCAUAUCAGCACAAGAAACUUUAACAACAUCUGCACUGUGUUCUUCCAACUUUCCUAGCCAAAGAGAGGACUUGACUUUACUCCUAUUACUUUUUCUGAUGACGUCACGCCAAAUUUUGAUGACGUCAUAAGCCAAAAAACCUAUCCAAGAUUUAACAAAAAUAAACAUUUUGGAUGAAGAUAUAUUUAUGUGUGUAAAAGCACAUUUAAUCAACUAUUUCUCACAGUAUAUGAACUGUUGUGAUUUGGAACACAAACUGCAUAUUGAUUCAAGACAUUGUCCAGUUUAUCACACAUAUGCAUAUGUUUCACUACAAAGCAAAGACUUUUCGAGAAGACUUAAUACGAUUUUUGGGUUUUUCUUUGAAAUUGUAUAGAGAAAAAAAAAGACCCACUGUUUAACAUAUUUCUAUCAUUCGCAUUUGAAACGUAUUUUAUCCCCCCACAGCACUUUAGAAUUUGAUUUUGAAACAUUAUACAAUUCUUCUUGCUUCUUAAAACAUUUCCCGCGCCUAAGACAGGAGUUCCCAAAUAAUUCUUGAAUCGAUAAGCGCAUCGCAAAUUACUUUUUAGAUUUAAGGUAUCCAAGGCUGUUCGUUAAAAGCUUAAAAGGGAAGGCAAUUUUAAAAUAGUUUUAAUAAAUUAUGGAAAGUUUCAUACAUUGGGCCGUUCUGAAAGUUGUUCAUUGUAAGUUAAUGAGUUUGUAUAAAGUAUUCCUAUGCUUAAAUUUUUCAUUUUUUUGAAAAAUAAUAAAAUAUAAAUUGAGAUAAAUUGCAAAAUGGGAAAAGUUUAAGAAUUAAAAUGAUUAUUUAUAAAUAACGAUAAAUAAAACGAAAUAUUUUUAGUUUAUUUAAAACAUUUUGGGAAUUAAAAUAGUUUAUUAUUAAUAGUUAACUACAUCAGCAUAUUCACUAAACAUAUGAACAAAAAUUAACACAACUAAAUCUACUGUACAGAAUUUAGAAUAUCCACGAAGCAAAUGCUCUAAAUUUCUCUAUUCCUUUUUCACUAACUAAAUAAAUUCUAAAUUAGUUUUAUCAAAUUAAAUAUCUUUAAAUAUUUAAUUUAGAAAGUGCGAUAUUUUUAUAAUUUAUGUUUCCAAAAUUCUUUGGCAAAUUAUUUUCAAUUUCUGUGUUAAUCUAAAAUACACUGUAAACUUCUUACGUAUUAUUUAACUAUUAAUAUUCAUAAACUUAUAUAUAGCAUAUAAUAUUUCUUCUAUAUACUAUAUUUCUUCGCUAUAUUUAUGUGAAUUUUAGAAAUACUCUAACUAUUUCUGAGUUUCAUAUAUUCAAACAUAUUAAUGCUGUGAAAAAAGGAAAGACGAAUAUUUAACUCAGAAUGUUAACUGCUCCCGUAAAAUAUUUAAAAAUAUAUUAAGGCAAUGCAAAAAAAGUUAACUUAUUAUAAAUAGUUAACUUCCUCAGCAUCCAUAUUUCUGAACAAAAAUCAACAUAACUAAAUAUACUGUACAGUGUUCAUUAAAUACUUUUAUAAAAAACAUUUUCCAUAUAAAAACACAAACUUAGAAUUUCUUUAUUUAUUUUUAACUUUCAUUAGAAUAUUCUAAAUCCAAACUAAUUUGAUUAGAUAAAUAUUUAAAUUCAGGUAUUAAUACUAUUUCAAAGAUCACCCUUAAAUUAUUUUUCAAUAUCAAUCUGGGUUAAACUGAGAUAAACUGUAAACUGUAUAGAAUAAUUUAAAACAUGGAAGGAAAAAUGGCAAACUAUAAACUCAGACGAUUAUUAGGUAUUAUAUAUGAUUGACUUUAUCCGUAAAAUAUUUAAAAUAUAUUCAGGCAGAACGGAAAUAGUUAACUCUCUCUCUCUCUGAAUGCUUAUUCAUGUACAAAAAUUAACAUAGCAAAAUAUACUGUACUAUAUUUAAUAAAUACUUUCAUAAAAAGAAUUUCCAUACAAAAACACAAACUUGUGGAAUUUUACUAAUCGUUUUCACUUUUAAUAGAAUGUUCCAAAUCUAAACUGAAUUGAUUAGGUAAAUAUUUUAAUUUCGUUAUUAAUAUUAUUUCAAAAUUCAUCCGCAAAUUAUUUUUCAAUAUGUGAGUUAAUUAAUAUUAACUGAGAGCUGUAUAGAAUAAUUUAGUGCAAGAAAAGGAAAUGGCAAAGUAUAAAUUCAGACGAUUAUUAGGUAUUAUAUAUGAUUUACUGUUUCUAGCACAUUUUUAGGGUAACUCGGGAACUCCUGGCCUUGUAAAUAAGGAACCAGAUUUAUUACCGGAUAACCGCGUUAUAGCAAAAAUACCGGUAGCAUUUUUUCUGGAACUCAAACGAUGACAGGUCAAGACACCUGUAAGAGUGUAUUUUCCAAUAAGUUUGAGUGUUUAGAUGAUUAAACUACUUCCUGUAUCUUUCUAUAAAUUAGAUUAAAAAUGUUGUUAGGAUAUAUAUAUUGAUAUCAAAUCUUGUUAUGUUUGAAAUUUGUCAUUCUUUCAGCACGUUGUUGCUUUUCAGCUAUAGGAGUUUCUAAUAUUAAAAUAAGAAGUUUUUGUUCGGAGAUUUCAGUUUAUAAGGAGAAAGACAACAUAUUAGUGUAUAAAUUCAGCUAAAAUCAAAAAUCAACUAUUUAAGUCAGUAUUGUUCAAUAUUUUUUGUUUAUGUCAAGGACACAAGAAAAAAUACCGUAAUUUAGAUAUCAACUAUAUCAAUAUCUAUAGAAUUUAGUACUAAAAAAGUACUAAAUUCUGUAUACAGAUAUUUUUAAUUCAAGUAAAGUGCAUUAAAGA